GCUGGUCGUUUGUCCUGAGACCCUCACGUGUGCGCACUGGGGACUUGUCGGUCCUCACACACACUUCCAGGGACACCCUGGCUGCAGGGCUCUCCCCCUCACCUGCCGCUACUAGAUCCUGAGGGGCAAGGCGUGUCCUCCAAGGGCGUCUUCCUAAAGUCGCCAAUCAGGUGGGAACGGCUCUAUUCUCCUCCCCUCAGCUUCACGUCCCGUUAGAGGAGGGGGCUUUUGGGUGAGAUUUUCAGAGAUACUCGGUUCCCCCUGCUGGCUCCAUUCCAAGCAGGGCUCUCGUGGGUAGCUCCCUGCCUCAGUUUCCCCACGCUGGCUCCCCAUCCCCCUUUCUCAUCUGGGCUACAGACCCUCGCUGCUCCCUCUUGUCCCCUCUCCCGCAGCAGAGGCGGAGGCGAUGGGCGCUAGCGUCCCCCGGCGGGGCCCCGGCCCCCCAGACGGCGGCUGGGGCUGGGCGGUGCUGGGCGCCUGCUUCGUGAUCACCGGUUUCGCCUAUGGCUUCCCCAAGGCCGUGAGCGUUUUCUUCCGGGCGCUUAUGCGCGACUUCGGCGCGGGCUACAGUGACACAGCCUGGGUGUCCUCCAUCAUGCUGGCCAUGCUCUACGGCACCGGUCCAGUGUCCAGCAUCCUCGUGACCCGCUUUGGGUGUCGGCCGGUGAUGCUGGUGGGUGGGCUGUUGGCCUCGGCAGGCAUGAUCCUAGCAUCCUUCGCCACGCGCCUCCUGGAGCUAUAUCUCACGGCUGGGGUGCUCACAGGCUUGGGCCUGGCCCUCAACUUCCAGCCGUCGCUCAUCAUGCUGGGGCUGUACUUCGAGCGGCGGCGGCCUCUGGCCAACGGGCUGGCGGCGGCGGGCAGCCCGGUGUUCCUGUCCGCGCUGUCGCCGCUCGGCCAGCUGCUGCUCGAGCGCUUCGGCUGGCGCGGCGGCUUCCUGUUGCUCGGCGGCCUCCUGCUGCACUGCUGCGCGUGCGGGGCUGUCAUGCGGCCGCCACCAGGGUCCGACCCGCGACCGCGCAGGGACAGCGCGGGCGACGCUCCCGGGGAGGCGGAGGCGAACCGCGAGGGACUGCGCCUGCGCGAAGAGGCGCCCUCUGGCGGCCGGACCCGCCGGCGCCUGCUGGACGUGGCCGUGUGCACCGACCGCGCCUUCGCGGUGUACGCCGUCACCAAGUUCCUGAUGGCGCUCGGGCUCUUCGUGCCCGCCAUCCUGCUGGUGAACUACGCCAAGGACGCGGGCGUGCCUGACUCCGAGGCUGCCUUCCUGCUCUCCAUCGUGGGCUUCGUAGACAUCGUGGCGCGGCCGGCGUGCGGCGCUCUGGCCGGCCUGGCGCGCCUGCGACCGCACGUCGCCUACCUCUUCAGCCUGGCCUUGAUGGCCAACGGGCUCACGGACUUGAGCAGCGCGCGCGCUCGGUCCUACAGCGCCCUUGUCGCAUUCUGCAUCGCCUUCGGCCUCUCCUACGGCAUGGUGGGUGCGCUGCAGUUCGAGGUGCUCAUGGCGGCCGUGGGUGCGCCCCGAUUCCCCAGUGCCCUGGGCCUGGUGCUACUCCUCGAGGCCGUGGCUGUGCUCAUCGGACCGCCCUCUGCCGGCCGCCUGGUGGAUGCGCUGAAGAACUAUGAGAUCAUCUUCUACCUGGCGGGCUCUGAGGUGGCCCUGGCUGGUGUCUUCAUGGCUGUCGCCACCAAGUGUUGCCAGCGUUGCUCUCAGGAUGCCCCAGCCAGCCCAGGCGCCGAGGGCGGGGCCAGCGACACAGAAGACGCUGAGGCCGAAGUGGACUCUGAGCCCCUGCCCACCAGCACUGAGAAGCCCGGUGACCUCGAGGCCCUGGAGGUGCUGAGCCCGGGGACUGCGCCCUCAGAACCCGAGGGGGAAGCAGAGCCAGGGCUGGACUCGGAGUCUUUGUAGCUCGGAGGCACCACGUGGGCGAGGCCAGGGGCUUUGGGAUCUGGCAGUUCCUUCUGAGAGUCCCGGCUGCCCCGAGAGGGCCUGGCACACUGGGGGCUGUGCUAGUGGUCACCCCGGGGCCCACGUGGGGAGCUGCUUCCCUCAUCUGCCCAGCGGGCAGUGGCCAGGCCCUGGUCCCGCCGGUGAAGCUGCUGUACACGGCAGGGUCUGGGUGUGAAUCCAAAGUUCAUAAAGCUGAGCUGAAAGACA